CCCAGCAGGAGGAGCCCCAUGGAGACUGGGGCCACAGGCCACAGGGGACAAGGGCCAGACACCCUGGCCAUGGCUCUGGGCCAUUGACCCAGCCCAGGCAGGCCCGGUGGGGGCGGGGAGGCCUCGGCCUGGAUAAACAGAGGCUCCUGCGGCCUGCAUGCAGGCUCGGCACCUAUCUGCCACUCCCAAAGGAUGCCCAUGGCUGAGGCCCCCCAGGUGGCUGGUGGGCAGGGUGAUGGAGGUGAUGGCGAGGAAGCAGAGCCAGAGGGGAUGUUCAAGGCCCACAAGGACUGCAAGAGAAAAGCCCGGGACUACCUCCGCCUGAUGCCUCUGUGGUUGGCCCCGGUUGUGCUGGCUUUGGUGGGAGUGCUACUCUGGUAUUUCCUAGGGCACAAGGCGGAGGUGACGGUCAGCCAGGUGUACUCAGGCAGCCUGCGCGUGCUCAAUCGCCAUUUCUCCCAGGAUCUGGCCCGCCGGGAGUCCAGUGCCUUCCGCAGUGAAACCGCCAAAGCCCAGAGGAUGCUCAAGGAGCUCAUUGCCAGCACCCGCCUGGGAACUUACUACAACUCCAGCUCCGUCUACUCCUUUGGGGAAGGACCCCUCACCUGCUUCUUCUGGUUCAUUCUUCAAAUCCCUGAGCACCGCCAGCCGAUGCUGAGCCCUGAGGUGGUGCAGGCGCUGUUGAUGGAAGAGCUGCUGUCUACGGUCAACAGCUCGGCUGCCGUCCCCUACCGGGAUGAGUACGAGAUGGACCCGGAGAGCCUAGUAAUCCUGGGCUGUUACCGCUACAGCUACAUUGGUCAGGGCCAGGUCCUCCGGCUGAAGGGACCCGACCAGCUGGCCCCCAGCUGCCUGUGGCAUCUGCAGGGCCCUGAGGACCUCAUGCUCAAACUCCGGCUGGAGUGGACGCUGGCUGAGUGCCGGGACCGACUGGCCAUGUAUGACGUGGCUGGGCCCCUGGAAAAGAGACUCAUCACCUCGGUGUACGGCUGCAGCCGCCAGGAGCCGGUGGUGGAAGUCCUGGCGUCGGGGGCCGUCAUGGCGGUGGUCUGGAAAAAGGGCCUGCACAGCUACUACGACCCCUUCGCGCUCUCCGUGCAGCCGGUGGUCUUCCAGGCCUGCGAGGUGAACCUGACGCUGGAUGACAGGCUGGACUCCCAGGGCAUCCUCAGCACCCCAUAUUUCCCCAGCUACUACUCGCCCCGCACCCACUGCUCCUGGCACCUCACGGUGCCCUCGCUGGACUACGGCUUGGCCCUCUGGUUUGACGCCUAUGCACUGCGAAGGCAGAAGUCCGAUUUGCCAUGCACCCAGGGCCAGUGGACAAUCCAGAACAGGAGGCUGUGUGGCCUGCGUAUCCUGCAACCCUACGCCGAGAGGAUCCCCGUGGUGGCCACAGCCGGCAUCACCAUCAACUUCACCUCCCAGGUCUCCCUCACUGGGCCCGGUGUGCAGGUGCACUACGGCCUGUACAACCAGUCGGACCCCUGCCCUGGAGAGUUCCUCUGCUCUGUGAAUGGACUCUGUGUCCCUGCCUGUGAUGGGGUCAAGGACUGUCCCAACGGCCUGGAUGAGAGAAACUGUGUUUGCAGAGCCACAUUCCAGUGCCAAGAGGACAGCACGUGCAUCUCACUGCUCAAGGUCUGUGACGGGCAGCCUGACUGUCUCAAUGGCAGCGAUGAAGAGCAGUGCCAGGAAGGGGUGCCCUGUGGGACAUUCACCUUCCAGUGUGAGGAUCGGAGCUGCGUGAAGAAGCCCAACCCGCAGUGUGAUGGACAGCCCGACUGUAGGGACGGCUCAGACGAGCAGCACUGUGACUGUGGCCUCCAGGGCCCCUCCAGCCGCAUUGUUGGUGGGGCUGUGUCCUCCGAGGGUGAGUGGCCGUGGCAGGCCAGCCUCCAGGUUCGGGGUCGACACAUCUGUGGGGGGGCCCUCAUCGCUGACCGCUGGGUGAUAACAGCUGCCCACUGCUUCCAGGAGGACAGCAUGGCCUCCCCGGCGCUGUGGACCGUGUUCCUGGGCAAAGUGUGGCAGAACUCGCGCUGGCCGGGCGAGGUGUCCUUCAAGGUGAGCCGCCUGCUCCUGCACCCGUACCACGAAGAAGACAGCCACGACUAUGACGUGGCGCUGCUGCAGCUCGACCACCCGGUGGUGCGCUCGGCCGCUGUGCGCCCCGUCUGCCUGCCCGCGCGCUCUCACUUCUUUGAGCCCGGCCUGCACUGCUGGAUCACCGGCUGGGGCGCCCUGCGCGAGGGAGGCCCCACCAGCAACGCUCUGCAGAAAGCGGAUGUGCAGCUGAUCCCACAGGACCUGUGCAGCGAGGCCUAUCGCUACCAGGUGACGCCACGCAUGCUGUGUGCCGGCUACCGCAAGGGCAAGAAGGAUGCCUGCCAGGGCGACUCGGGCGGUCCGCUGGUGUGCAAGGCACCCAGUGGGCGCUGGUUCCUGGCGGGGCUGGUCAGCUGGGGCCUGGGCUGUGGCCGGCCUAACUACUUCGGCGUCUACACCCGCGUCACGGGGGUGAUCGGCUGGAUUCGGCAAGUGAUGACCUGAGGAACCGCCCCCUGCAGAGCGGGGCCCACCUCUUGGACUCACAGAGCCCAGGGCAACUGCCAAGCAGCGGGACACGUAUGCUGGAGGCAGGCAGGUGGGCCCUGUAGUCGCAGGUGGCGGCAUCUUGUCUUGCCCCUGACGGCUGCUCCGGCGAUGGCAGGAGGCGGAGGAGUGCCAGCAGCUGGAGGUCAAGAUGUCCCCCGAGGACCCAGGCCCACGCCCAGCCGUCUGCCUCCCGAUGCUCUCUCCUCUGUCCCCUUCCUCCACCGCUGCCUAUUUCGGGGAGGUAGCUCAGCAGCAAGAAUGCUGGUUCCAGGUCCCCGGGAGUGUCUGAGACGCACCCCACCUGGUACAGAGGUUACCUGGGCUGCCUGAGCUCCGGAGAGCAGAUUCCAGCUUUGGAAGGCCCUGGCCGAACUUGGGAUCUGGGGAUGGAAAGUGCCUCCAUAGGAGGGGACCCUCAGAGCCCUGGAGACUGCCAGGUGGGCCAGCACCACUGUAAGCCAAAGGCUGGGGAAACCCUGACACCAGGGUCCUUGCCCACCCCUGCCUGUCACCUGGGCCCUCACCAGGAGGUGAGCUCAGCUGCCCUUGGGAAUAAAGCUGCGGAUCCCAGCCCUACUGCUGGAGUUUGAAUGGGGACCUGAGCACCAGCCUCAUGCCUUUGAUUGAAGCAGCCCUUGCUUCCUGCGCAGCCUGUUUGAUAAGUGUCCAGAAUGCCAAGGUGGGCUCAGAGGCAGCAGGCGUGGGCACUGAGGGUGCGGCCUCCCGGGCAGCUGCCCAGGUCCCAGGAGAAAUGCCUGGAAGGCAAUCGUUUGGGGACCCUCGGGUCAGGGUGAGGGAUGUGAGGCGCAAUGGUCUUUUGGGACCUCAGGGGGAAACUGAGGCUCAGAGAGGCAGUUAACAUCCUCAUGAUGGUACUGGGGUCAGGAGCAGAGGGGGCAUGGACACCUGUCUCCCAGUCCCCAUCUACUGUGGUCCCCUCCAGCUCAACACUCACUCCCUUUGGAUUCUUUGAGUCACCGAGUAGUACCUCGGGCUCCAACCAUGUGCCAGCGCUGUGCUGGGACCCCAGGGGUGAAGGACCUGACUCCUGACCCCAGGAGCCAUGACGAUGACCCAGUGGGAAGGGCCAGCGGGGAGCAUGGACCGGGUAAGUCAAGGCAAACUGCUUGGAGGCCGUGAGACUUGAGCUGGGGCUCAGAGGUGGUCAAGGUGGGCACAUCCGGAAAGGAUAUUCCAGGCAGGGGAAGAGCACGUGCAAAGGCACAGAGUCCUGGAAGGACGAGGCACACUGGGACCUGGCAAGCUGAGCGAGCGUGUGUUAGCACAGAGCUAGAGAGGGGAAGGGCUGAAGGAGUCGGAGGGGCAAACUGAGGUGGGAUAACAGAACCUGGAGUUGAGCCAAGAAUUUGACCCUGAAAGCACUGGGGAGCCAUGGCGGGCUCUAUAGUAGAGGAGUGACGUGAGUGGACGCGCACAUUUU